AGCGCUCGCUCGAGAUGGUGACGUUAAAAUGGCCGCAAUGUCAGUCAGAGAAAUGGAAAGGUUUCUGGAGUUGGCCACAGCCACCGGGGGGCAUGAGAACGAAGUGGAUGCGUUAUAUUGUGCGAGUAUGUGGGCAUUUGAAGGCAUCGGGCGCACAGAUCGGCGAGCUUAUGCGCAUGAAGGCAAAAGGUUAUUCGAGCUGGCGCAAAGAGCCGAACGAGAUUCGGGCGAGGAGAAUACCUCCGAAGUCAAGCGCAUCUGUGAGGUGUACAUGUCACAGACAAAUACACCUAUUCCCGAUAGAUUACACACACCCGGACAUGCACUCAAUACCACAGGACCUCCACUACCUAGUGCUAUAGACUUGGGUGUGGGUGUGGGAGCGGGUGUGGGUGCCGGUGCAGGUGUGGGUGUGGAUGGGGGUGGGUUAUCGGGCACAGGGAGGGAGUGCCACUACUGCCAAACGGUGACCACGGAUCUGAAGAACUGUAGUAAAUGUAAAACGCCGGCGUAUUGUGGAGUGGAAUGUCAGCGCGCCGAUUGGCCUCGGCAUCGGAAGAUCUGCUGGCCCAACCAAACUCACAAUAUAACAAUGGACCGCUCUGGUGCGUAGUAGAGACAUCCCCUACCAUGUGAAAGUAGUAUGUGCUGGCACACCUAUUAUUCGGCCAAGGGUUGUUGCUAUGAACAGUUCUGCGGUAGAAACUGUCGUAUUCAUAUCGGUAUAUAUCAAUAUAAUAAUAUUU